AUGGAUGCUAAGGUGUGCAUCUGCUCAUCCGACAAGAGAGCCGAUCCAACAACUGGAGGAGGAGGCAUGGAAGUGGAUGGUCCAUCCGAGCUAGAAGCAUCCUCUGGUAACAAGCUGACGGUCGUUCACCGGCACGGCCCCUGCUCGCCCAUCAUCAACACCAGGCAAAAGCUGAACCACAGGCAGAUCCUCCACCAUGACCAAGCCCGGGUCAUUUCCCUCCACAACCGGAUAUCCGCUGCUUCCAGGAAGGAUAAAUCGACCGGCGUCACGGAGACCCUCACCUUGACGCCCUCUAACGUGCUGACAAACUUCGAAUUCGGGUGCGGGGAGAAGAACAAAGGCCUCUUCGGUAGCGUCGCCGGGCUGGUAGGCCUCGGCCGUGGCGAGGUGUCAUUGGCAUCGCAAGCAGCACAGGAAUAUGGCGGAGUCUUCUCCUACUGCCUCCCGCCGAGGGUCAGCUCGACCGGGUAUCUGACACUGGGAGCCAGCGGGCCGGCCCCCAACGUCAGAUUUACGCCGAUGCUCACCAAUCCGGCGAAACCCUCCUUCUACUAUGUUGAGCUAAUAGGACUAAGUGUUGGAGGAAAGAAUUUAUCGAUACCGCCGAGCACCUUCACAGAUACCGGAACUAUCAUCGACUCCGGCACGGUGAUCACCUACCUUCCAUCGUCGGGCUACUCUGCACUUCGUGAUGAAUUCAGGCGGCAGAUGGCAAACUAUUCCAUGGCGCCUCCACUGCCAAUGUUGGAUACUUGCUAUAAUUUUACUGGGGUUGGUUCGAUAUCAUUGCCUUCAGAUGGUCUAAGAUUUAGCGGCGGAGUGACGCUCGAUGUCGAUCCUUCGGGCAUACUUCAUCCUGCGAGCAUCUCGCAAGCUUGUCUAGCGUUUUUUGGAAACAGCGAUCCGAGCUCGAUCUCCAUCAUUGGCAACACGGUGCAGCGGACGUACGACAUUGUUUAUGAUGUUGCCAGGGGUGUUGGCGGAGGCCUGAGGGGCCGAGUCAAUGUUGGCAGAGGCCUGGAGGGCCGAUAUCUAUUCCUGAUUCGCUUCAUUCACAAGCUUCAUCUGUUACGAUCUUUAAUGGAACUAAUUUCUCAGAGUGGAAUGAACAAGUCCAGUUUCACCUAG